AUGUGGAAGUGUCACAAAUGCGGCAAACCCGUCUUUUUCGCGGAACGCAAACAAUCACUCGGUUACGAUUGGCAUCCGGAAUGUUUGCGGUGUGAGGAGUGUGGCAAGCGGCUUAACCCUGGACAGCAUGCUGAACAUAAAGGUGUACCAUACUGUCACGUGCCAUGCUAUGGAGCUCUGUUUGGGCCGCAGCUCUUUGGGCAUGGUACGCGAGUGGAGUCGCACAAGAGCUUCGGUCAGCCGGAUCAAAAGAAGCAGGCCAUUCAGCGUUCACCUGCGGGUCCAACCGUUCCACGGGGCCACCUGGAAUCGAAGCUGAAAUCGUACAACCAAUUCCACAACAACAAGAGCAUGGAGAUACGGAGCCGCGAGGUAAACGGGCGGUUGGUGCUGGAGGGUGCGUUGCGUAUUUACUGGGGCGUGCAGGGUAUGAUCCAUUUGAAGGAGGACGACGACCAGCGGACGGUGGUGACGGUGCGGAAGCGUAACUCGUACCGGCAAAGUAACCCGGUAUCGUUGGCCCAUGGUGCCGGUAUGACGAGCGACGACGGUGAGGACGGAGAUGAGAAGGAAAACAUACCGAUCCGUACGGGGCAACAGCAGGGACGUUGCGCGGUGGGUGUAAUGGGCACAAGCACGUCAAGUUUAACGGAACCGGCCGAUAGCAACAACGACACGACAACCAUCUCGGAAAGCAUCUCGUACGAUACGCUAAGCCUGUCGUCGGAGUUGAACUCUAACUUUGACUCCAAGCCGGCCUCAUCGAGCGAGUCGUCUAAGGAGGUAUCGCCGAGCCAUGCCGGCAGCAAGUACGUCACGCUGCCACCGAAGCUCGACGUGAAGCAGCUGGACUGGGACGAGAUCGACGAGUUGCUGCAGGUGGAACGGAAGCUGGACGAGAGUGAAAAGCUGUACCGUACGAUGCCGUCCCCGUUGGCAUCUGGGACCGGGGGUUCCGGUUCCGGUGGUGAUCGUAGCCUGGCAAGCGAGAGCAUCACCGAUACGGAUUAUAAGACGCUCACACCCAACACGGCGACCGGGGGUUCCGGUUCGGGCGAUUCCGGUGACAGUGACCGUACCACGACCGGUGGUCCGGAUACGACCACAAGCGUUACCAGCACCAGCGUGACGACCAACGGUGACGAUGACUUUCGAACGCCGGAAGCAACGCUACGGUCGCACGAUUUUGAAGCCUUCAAGAUGCAGAUUAGUCGCGAGUUUAUCAAUAGCACCGCUGAGAUGGGCAACACGGACGGUACGCUAAAGCAAAACCAACCGAUCGAUCCAGCACGAAUCAAUGAUUCGUUGAAGCUGUACAAUGAUGGCGUUAUGAACCGGAGCCUUUCGGACGAGCAGUGCCGGAAUGCAAUGUUUUCGCUCCCAGCUGGCAAUAUCACGGGUUCAUUUCACGUUGAGUCCGGUGGUAACGAAGAGGAUGAAAUGACCCUGCGUCAUCCGGCUAAUGGCAUAUAUGCAUCUCCGAAGAAACGGAUACAUCUUCAGCGGCCACACCCGACCACCGACGCACCGUCCUCGGAAGCGACAACGAACGGUGGUGGCGUCACCUCACCCGGCACGGACACGGACAGUUGGACGGCCGAUCGGGGUCUGCUGCGCUCGAAGUCCCAGGGUAACCAUUACUCGGGCAACAGCAUAAUGGAUAGUGAUGGCGACGACGAAACCGUCGGGACCGGUUCGGAAACGCUCAAACCAUCCGACAAACCGCCCGCAUCGAUUCAUAUCCGCAUGGAUUGUUACGAUGAGCUGGAGAGCCCUUCGUCUGCACGGGGCAUCACCUCGUCGGAGGACGGUGAUAUAACGGCGGUAACAACGACCACCAUAACGACAACGACCCAGCCGUCGGAGUACAGUACCAGCAUCAGCGGCCAUCCCGUAACGGUCGAUGGAGUCGUACUGCGGAAGCCACCGAAAACUGGUUCCACCGCGAUCAAGCGCCGGUCGGGUAAUAGACGGUCACGCACUAAGCUGAAGCGUCGCUGCUCGAUCAACGGUCACUUUUACAAUCGCGAAACGUCUUUCUUCACACCACCGUACGGUUCGCAGAUGAACGUCUGGGUGACGUCACUCGUCAACACGCAGGAGGUGAUCAAUCUACUGUUAGAAAAGUAUAAGGUCGAAUCGAAGGCGGAAAACUUUGCGCUGUUUAUCGUGCGCGAUAAUGGCGAGCAAAAGAAGCUUAAAGAUGAUGAUUAUCCGCUCGUAACGCGCGUGAUACUUGGCCCACACGAGGACAUUGCCAAGCUAUUUCUUAUGGACGGUCAGCAAACGCAGGAAAUCAGCAGCGAAGUUGCACAGUUUCUGAACCUUUCCAUUCCGGAGUGUCGCGCUAUCUUGGAACGGUUUCACGAGGAGGAACAACGUGAACUGCAUCGGAUACGGUUUAAAUUUGCUGAGUUGCGGAAACGUAUCAUACAGCGCAUGGAGUCGCUUAAAGUCAGGCUGUAG